GUUCGGUCGAUUUCCAGUAUUUCAACGAAAAGGCAAAGGCGAAGUUAUGGUAUGUACGUAUGCAAUAGGUGCCUAAUUUUCGCUCGGUGGAAUAUCUCAAGAAUAUACCAGAUUUCUGGACUUCAGCACCACAUGUCAUUGUCUUCAGUUGGCACGGCUUGAGGGUAUUAACGGUAUUAAACCACGUUUGCAACCAGCUAUGAAUGUGGAGAAGAGAAAACGUUGAUCGACGCAACGCGUCUUCAAGUCGGCCAAUCGCUGACGGAGCAAUCCCUGAUAUCGAAUCGAUGUUUUAUUCAUCAAGUACGGGUGCGAGCAGUGUGAAACGUGAUUUCUGGUUUUAUGGACAACAUUUGCUCUCAAAUCGAAUGCGCAGAACCGUUUCUAUGGUACUGAAGAUGUGUGGUCGUCUUGAAAGUCGCUGGAUUAUCGUCCUUCAUUCUUAGCACUGAUAUAUAUGACCACAUGUUUGAAACAACUUCCGGCGUGCGGAAGGAAAAUCAGAGCCGUGAAAUAAAUCCUUGUGUAUAAGAAGAGCAACUCAUACUUAUCAAGUGGACGUUCUGUGAUCUUAAGACGGAUUAUACAUCUCUGAACGUGUCACCAAUCUGAUUAUGUCUGAACAUUGGAUUUUGCCCAUAAAACCAUUUUGUCACAUCGGCUUUAUUCACUAUAAUUGUGAUACGCACACCCGUUUCUAAUACGUGGCCACCUUUUUCGAUCACGUGUACGAGUAUUUGGUAGACCAAGUCACCUAUAACAAGUGGUAAUGACGCGUUCAUACGACUUAAUGCAUAAAUACGAAACUGAGAUGAAAAACGGAAACAAAGUUAGCCCAGCCCCCGGGGUCAUGGGUUCCGAUGAGGAUACGGACCAGCAUCCUGGUGACAAAAACACCACCGAGCCGGAACUCUGUAGGAAAGGAAUAAACGCACUACUCCCGAACUUUCUUCGAGGAAAAUUCGCGGACCAACAACUUGAGUUGUUAUACCAAGCGUACGUUCGGCGAGAAAAAAGGGACGCUUUAAGGAUGCUUUUCGGGUACGCCCUAGUGUUUAACUUAACAGCAUUCAUACUGGUGAUACGCUCAAUUGCAAUUUCGCAGGAAGUCAAAGUGAAGGAAAUCAUACUUGCCGCUAUAAUGGCAAUUUCGUUGGUGCGGCUUUUGGCAAAAUGUCUUGUCACCAGUUCUCGUUCCUUUACGGCAAAACUGAGUGCUUUUUUGACUAUGACGACCUGGUUUCUAUUAUGCGUGGAUAUUUGCUUGUACAUAGGAUUGAGGAAUAUUUCAAUUUCCCCGGAAGAUGGUGGGGAAUGGUGUUUGGUACAGAUUUACUUAACCUUUGUUGUAACGCCAUUACAAUUACGUUGGAGCAUUGUUGGGAGUACAUUGUUUUACCUUGUGAUUCUCAUAGAAGGAGGCGUGAUAGCCGUGUUGCAAAACUAUGGGGUAUACUAUAUUGCAAAUCAGAUUGGUGCCGAUAUUCUUCUUUUUAUAUGUGCCCAGAUCCUGGGAACCAUAUCAUUCCUAUUGAUGGACAAGAAACAAAGGAAGGCGUUCCUUGAGACGAAAGGGUCACUCUCAGUGAAGGUGUUGAUAGAGCAGGAGUCUAAGGUCCAGGAACGGCUCCUCCUCUCUGUGCUACCCAAACAUGUUGCCGAUGAGGUGCUGAAGGACAUGGGCAGAACGAUAGACACCCAGUUUAGAAAGAUAUACAUGAGUAGGCAUGAAAACGUUAGCAUUCUUUUUGCGGACAUUGUUGGAUUCACGGAAAUCUCAUCAAAACUGUCCGCAGCACAACUAGUCCAAAUCUUGAAUGAGCUCUUUGCAAGUUUCGACGGUUUAGCAGAUAAGUAUCACCAGCUCCGCAUCAAGAUCCUUGGUGACUGUUACUACUGCAUCAGUGGUGCGCCAGUGCCCAGGGAGGACCACGCAGUACUCUCUAUACACAUGGGCCUCUGUAUGGUGGAAGCAAUAUCUGGGAUACGGGAGCGGACGAAGUCUGGGGUGAAUAUGCGUGUUGGGAUACACACCGGAGCGGUGUUAGGGGGCGUCAUGGGUCAGAAACAAUGGCAGUUUGAUGUCCUUGGGAAGGAGGUUACGCUGGCGAAUAAAAUGGAAAGUGGUGGGAUACCGGGACGAGUUCAUAUUUCAGAAGUAACAUCGAGUUUUCUAAAAGGCGAAUUUGAACUCGAAAAUGGUGAUGGAGAAUCGAGAGAAGAGGCCAUCAAAAAAGCUGGCAUCAAAACGUACCUAAUCAAGUCAGUUAUAAAAUAUUAUCCCGAGGGGACAUUGGAUACAAAAGGCAGUAGGCCUAACUCGACAGCUGGAAGCCUUGCGGACAUAUUACAAAACGGAAAGCUCUCAGUGUCGAAGGUGGAGAAGGUGAGCCGCGAUUCUGACGCCUCUAUGGACAUCAACCAGAGAUUACUUCAAGCCCUCUCUGAUAAAGAAGACACGUCGCAAAUCUUCAAUCUGGUGAAUCCGUUCACCCUGAUGUUCAGAGACAAAGAGUUAGAAUGGCAAUACAACAGCAAUACGGACUGGCAACUGAGUGCGGCCAUGUUUGGAUGCUCCACGGUUCUUCUCUUCAGCCUUUUUGCUCAGAUAUGUAUCUUACCCAUAACCGUCCAAUGUAUAAGCGCCUACAUUGUUGGCUUUGUAAUUCUCUGUAUCAUGACGUUGAUAUCUGCUGGUGCUGCAUUCCCAUCGGUCUACCCCCGGCCAUUAGUCCAGUUUUCCGAAUGGCUUGAACGGACGAGCUGGUUUCGCUCGAUUUGGAUUAUAUGCACGACUUUAAUCGCCACGACCUCUCAACUGAUAGAUAUGUCUGGUUGUUCUCUGUCCACCGAAUUCCCACCAAAUAAAACCGACCUUGACCCCAAAUCGCCAUACUGUGAUUACCCACACUACUUCACGCACUUUCUCGUCCUGACGAUGGUCGCCGUGGCAGUCUUCCUCCAGAUCAGCUAUCUCAUCCGGGCUCUACUGAUGGUCGCUAUGACAACGGCGUUUUGCCUCAUAGCAACGGUUGUUAUGUCCGGGAUGUAUGACCGGCUCGACAGCUGGUUAUUUUCAGUAACAAAAAUUGGAGAAACUGUUAUUUCAAAAUACAACACUGUUGCAUCUGUGGUGGCUAUAGGUGUCGCUUUCAUCAAUAUCAAUAGGAGAGAGGAGUGUACAGUACGGAAAUUGUUUUUAUGGAAACGCGAAGUUGAAGAACAGAGCGAAAAAGUAACGACUUUCAGGCAGAAAAAUGAGAACCUCGUCCACAAUAUCCUACCGACGCAUGUUGCACAGAACUUCCUUGGGGCAAAUAAGAAAGACGAGGAAAUGUACAGCCAAAGCUAUGAUGAAGUUGGAGUGAUGUUUGCCGCCUGUCCCAAUUACAACGAUUUCUACACCGAGGACAGUUUUAAUAACAAUGGCUUAGAGUGCCUUCGAUUCCUAAACGAAAUUAUCUCCGAUUAUGACGAGUUGCUGAAUGAACCACGCUUCAAGUCAAUCAUCAAAAUCAAAACUAUUGGUCCCACCUACAUGGCGGCGAGUGGGAUGACCCAGUGCAGUUCGAAAUCAAAGGACAGUAAACACCGAUGGCAUCACCUCGUGGAGCUGGUGGAGUUUGCACUUGCUCUCCGAGAAACCUUAGAGAAGAUCAACUCACAGUCAUUUAAUAACUUUAUCCUCAGAAUAGGAAUAAACCAGGGGCCAAUCGUAGCAGGCGUGAUAGGGGCGAGAAAGCCUCAUUACGAUAUCUGGGGAAAUGCUGUGAAUGUCGCCAGCCGGAUGGAGUCUACUGGAAAAUCAGGGCACAUUCAGGUUGUCGAAGAAACGAUGAUUAUCCUUCAAGAGUUUGGCUAUAAGUUCGAGAAGAGGGGCUUGGUCAAGGUCAAAGGAAAGGGAGAGCUGGUGACGUAUUUCCUGGUCGGCAAGGAGGAGUUGAUACACGACAUGCCAAACCAGGUCACGCAUCUUUGAAAGUAAUAAGAUGUUCUUAUUAAACAGUACAAGCAUGUGGU